UCCUGCCUCUCCAUGGCUUCUCCAGCAGCCAGACUUUCUCCGGUCAGCCUUCCAGGCCCAGCUCCUCCUGCCUGCCACUGGCCUCUUGAGGCCCAGCCCCGCUCACGCCUCUGGGCGGCCUCCUCAGGCCCAGGACUUGACCUCCAGUCGGCCUCGCCAGGCCCAGCCUCCUGCUUCCCGAAGGCCUGCACGGGCUCAGCCUCUGCCUCCCAGCAGACUGUCCACGCCCAGCUCUCGCCUGACUGCGGCCUCCCCAGGCCAGAGGUCCUCCUGCCUUUCGGCAGCUCCGCCGGGCCCCGCUCCUGCCUCCCAGUGGCCUCCUUAGGCCGGGCUCAUUCGUCAAGGGGCACGGCCUUCCCAGGCCCAGCCUUUGCCUUUUGGCAGCCUCCCCAGGCCCCGACCUUCCUCAGGCCGGCCUCUCCAGGCCCAGUUGCAGCCUCCCGGCCUCCCAUCCAGGCCCAGCUCCUCCUGUUCCCGGCUGCGGCCGCGGGCCCAGCCCCGGCCUCACGACAACCUCUUUGGACUCUGCUCCGGCCCUGCUCCCGCUCCGCGGCCUUUGUAGGCCCCAAACGGCCUGAAGCCCGGCCCCAGGGUGGCCUCUCCGGGCCCGGCUCUUGCCUUCCGACAGCGUCUCCUCGCCCCCGAACUUGCUCCAGCCAGCCUCUGCAGGCCCAGCUCCUCCUGCCGGCGGCCUCUGCAGGCCUACGCUGGCCUCGAGUCGGCCUCUCCAGGGCUCGCUCCUGCUCCCGGCGGCCCCUGCGGGCCCAACUCGUCACCCAGUCGGCCUCCGCCGGCCCAGCUCCUGCCUCUCUGUGGCCUCUGCAGCUGCCAGACUUCCUCAGGUCAGCCUCUCCAGGCCCAGCUCCUCCUGCCUGCCACUGGCCUCUUCAGGCCCAGCCCGGCUCACACCUCUGGACGGCCUCCUCAGGCCCAGGACUUGACCUCCAUUCGGCCUCGCCAGGCCCAGCCUCCUGCCUCCCGAAGGCCUGCACAGGCGCAGCCUCUGCCUCCCAGCGGACUCUCCACGCCCAGCUCUCGCCUGACUGUGGCCUCCCCAGGCCAGAGCUCCUCCUGCCUUUCGAGAGCUCCGCCGGGCCCCGCUCCUGCCUCCCAGUGGCCUCACUAGGCCCCGCGCAUUCGCCAUGGGGAACGGCCUUUCCAGGCCCAGUCUUUGCCUUUUGGCGGCCUCUCCAGGCCCCGAACUUCCACAGGACAGGCUCUCCAGGUCCCGUUGUGGCCUCCCGGCCUCCCGUCCGGGCCCAGCUCCUCCUGCUCCUGGCUGGGGCCGCGGGCCCUACACCGGCCUCACGACAACCUCUUUGGACUCGGCUCCGGCCCAGCUCCUGCUCCGCGGCCUUUGUAGACCCCAAACGUCCUGAAGCCGGGCCCCACGGUGGCCUCUCCGGGCCCGGUUCCUGCCCUCCGACGGCGUCUCCACGCCCCAGACUUCCUCCAGCCAGCCUCUCCAGGCCCAGCUCCUCCUCCCGGCGGCCUCUGCAGGCCCACGCUGGCCUCGAGUCGGCCUCUCCAAGCUGGUUCCUGCUCCCGGCGGCCCCUGCGGGCCCAACUCGUCACCCAGUCGGCCUCCGCCGGCCCAGCUCCUGCCUCUCUGUGGCCUCUGCAGCUGCCAGACUUCCUCAGGUCAGCCUCUCCAGGCCCAGCUCCUCCUGCCUGCCACUGCCUUCUUGAGUCCCAGCCCCGCACUCGCCUCUGGGUGGCCUCCUCAGGCCCAGGACUUGACCUCCAGUGGCCUUGCAAGGCCCAGCCUCCUGCUUUCUGAAGGCCUGCACAGGCCCAGCCUCUGCCUCCCAGCGGACUCUCCACGACCAGCUCUCGCCUGACUGCGGCCUCCCCAGGCCAGAGCUCCUCCUGCCUUUCGGCAGCUCCGCCGGGCCCCGCUCCUGCCUCCCAGUGGCCUCACUAGCCCCGCACAUUCUUCACGCUGAACGGCCUUUGCAGGCCCAGCGUUUGCCUUUUGGCGGCCUCUCCAGGCCCCGAACUUCCUCAGGGGGGCCUUUCCAGGCCCCGUUGCAGCCUCCCGGAUUCCCGUCCAGGCCCAGCUCCUCCUGCUCCAGGCUGCGGCCGCGGGCCCAGCCCAGCCCCGGCCUCACGUCAACCUCUUUGGACUCGGCUCCGGACCAACUCCCGCUCCGCGGCCUUUGUAGGCCCGAAACGUCCUGAAGCCGGGUCCCACGGUGGCCUCUCCGGGCCUGGGUCCUGCCCUCCUUCGUCGUCUCCACGCACCAGACUUCCUCCAGCCAGCCUCUCCAGGCCCCGCUCCUCCUGCCUACCACUGGCCUCUUGAGGCCCAGCCCCGCUCACGCCUCUGGGCGGCCUCCAGAGGCCGAGGACAAGACCUCCCGUGGGCCUCGCCAGGCCCAGCCUCCUGCCUCCCGAAGGCCUGCACAGGCCCGGCCUCUGCCUCCCAGCGGACUCUCCAUACCCAGCUCUCGCCUGACUGCGGCCUCCCCAGACCACAGCUCCUCCUGCCUUUCGGCAGCUCCGCCGGGCCACGCUCCUGCCUCCCAGUGGCCUCACUAGGCCCCGCGCAUUUGUCAUGGGGAAUGGCCUUUCCAGGCCCAGCCUCUGCCUCUUGGCUGCCUCUCCAGGCCCCGAACUUCCUCAGGCCGGCCUCUCCAGGCCCCGUUGCGGCCUCCCGGCCUCCUGUCCAGACCCAGCUCCUCCUGUUCCCGGCUGCGGCCGCGGGCCCAGCCCCGGCCUCACGACAACCUCUUUGGACUCGGCUCCGGCUCAGCUGCCGCUCCGCGGCCUUUGUAGGCCCCAAACGUCCUGAAGUCGGGCCCCACGGUGGCCCGGCUCCUGCCCUCCGACGGCGUCUCCACGGCCCAGACUUCCUCCAGCCAGCCUCUCCAGGCCCAGCUCCUCCUCCCGGCGGCCUCUACAGGCCCACGCUGGCCUCGAGUCGGCCUCUCCAGGGCUCGCUCCUGCUCCCGGCGGCCACUACGGGCCCAACUUGUCGCCCAGUCGGCCUCCGCCGGCCCAGCUCCUGCCUCUCUGCGGCCUCUUCAGCUGCCAGACUUCUUCAGGUCAGCCUCUCCAGGCCCAGCUCCUCCUGCCUGCCACUGCCCUCUUGAGUCCCAGCCCCGCUCACGCCUCUGGGUGGCCUCCUCAGGCCCAGCACUUGAUCUCCAGUGGGCCUCGCCAGGCCCAGCCUCAUGCCUCCCGAAGGCCUGCACAGGCCCAGCCUCUCCCUCCCAGCGGACUCUCCACGCCCAGCUCUCGCCUGACUGCGGCCUCCCCAGGCCAGAGCUAGUCCUGCCUUUCGGCAGCUCCGCCGGGCCCCACUCCUGCCUCCCAGUGGCCUCACUAGGCCCCGCGCAUUCUUCACUGGUAAUGGCCUUUCCAGGCCUAGCCUUUGCCUUUUGGCGGUCUCUCCAGACCCCGAACUUCCUCUGGCCGGCCCCUCCAGGUCCCGUUGCGGCCUCCCGGACUCCCGUCCACGCUCAGCUCCUCCUGCUCCCGGCUGGGGCCGCGGGCCCUACCCCGGCCUCACGACAACCUCUUUGGACUCGGCUCCGGACCAGCUCCCGCUCCGCGGCCUUUGUAGGCCCAAAACGUCCUGAAGCUGGGUCCCACGGUGGCCUCUCCGGGCCCGGCUCCUGUCCUCCGACGGCGUCUCCACGACCCAGACUUCCUCCAGCCAGCUUCUCCAAAUCCAACUCCUCCUCCCGGCGGCCUCUGCAGUCCCACGCUGGCCUCGAGUCGGCCUCUCCAGGGCUCGCUCCUGCUCCCGGCGGCCCCUGCGGGCCCAACUCGUUGCCCAGUCGGCCUCCGCCGGCCCAGCUCCUGCCUGUCCGUGGCCUCUCCAGCUGCCAGACUUCCUCAGGCCCAGAACUGCCUGAAGUCUGCCUUGCCUUUCCCAGUUUCUGCCUCUCGGUGUUCUCUUUUGGCCCAGCUCUUCUUCCUGGGUGCAUCUGCAGGUUAGGUUUUGCCUCACAAGAACCACUUUUGAUUCAGCUCAUGUGCAGCCUCUGGCGCCCUUGUAGACCCAAAACUUUCUCAAGUCCAGUCCUCCAGUUCCACUGCCUUCCUUGUGGCAGCCUAAAGAGGCCCAGGUUUUGCCCAACAAUGGUUUCUCCAGGCAGCCUCAACAGACCCAGCUCCUGCCUCACACUGGCAUCUCUAGGCCCUGCUGCUGCCUCUCACUGUCCUCACCUCGCCCAUCUUUUUCCUUAUGCCUGCCUGGCAUAUCCCAGCUCCUGUCUCACUGUCGUCCCUGUCAUACCAGCUCCUGUCUCACGGUGGCCUCUUGUGGCCCAUCUUCGGCCUCAUAGUGACAACUUGAGCCCAUCUUCUGCCUCGUCAUGGUCUUUUCUGGCUUUGCUCUUGCCUCGCAGUCACCUCUUCUGGAUCCAUCUUUUUAGUCUUUGAUGGUCAACAGCAUCAAGGAGCCUAAUGCUUCCCUGGACUCUUAAUUGUUGGUAACUUCACAGCAGAGUACCUUAGCAAAACACCUCCCUCUUCUUUUAACCUUGACAGUGCAUUUGUUACAAAUUUACAAUAAAUUCUGCCUGCGUGGUUUCAUACUGA